AUGAGUGGAAAGUUCGUACGUGCCUCCAAGUAUAGACAUGUAUUCGGUCAACCGGCGAAGAAAGAACUGCAAUACGAAAACAUCAAGGUCACAAACAACGCCUGGGACUCGAAUAUAAUAAAGAGUAAUGGCAAAUUUAUCUCUGUCACCUGGAAUGCUUCCGGUGGCGGUGCCUUUGCUGUAAUUCCCGUGGAAGAGGUUGGCAAGUGUCCUGAUCAAGUCCCUCUCUUCAGAGGACAUUCUGCGCAGGUGCUUGACACGGACUUUGAUCCAUUUAACGAUCACAGAUUAGCGUCUGGAUCGGAUGAUUCAAAGAUUGGCAUCUGGGAGAUACCGGAGAACUACUCGUUUCACAAUUAUCUCGACGAGAACGGAGAAGUCUUGGAUAUCGAACCUAUCAAGAAGCUCUCCGGUCAUACGAGAAAGGUAGGACACGUUCUCUUCCAUCCUGUGGCCCAGAACGUGUUGGCAUCAUCGUCGUUGGACUACACGGUGAAAUUGUGGAACGUGGAGACUGGAGAGAACCUGAUUACGCUGAAACAUCCAGAUAUGGUGACAUCGAUGUCUUUCUCUUACGAUGGUAAUCAUCUGGCAACUGUCGCCCGCGAUAGGAAGCUCAGAGUUUGGGAUAUAAGAAAGGAAGAAGUCAUUAGCGAGGGACAGGCACACGCGGGAGCCAAGAAUCAGAGAGUUGUCUGGUUGGGCAACAGUGAUAGACUAGCCACUACCGGUUUCUCGAAACUAAGCGAUCGUCAAAUCGGUAUAUGGGACGCCUUUAACUUGGAAAAGGGAGAUCUCGGCGGGUUUUACACCGUGGAUCAAUCUUCCGGAAUAUUGAUGCCAUUUUACGAUGACGGUAACAAGAUUCUUUAUCUCGCUGGUAAAGGCGACGGUAACAUUCGUUACUAUGAGUUUCAAAAUGACGAACUGUUUGAGCUUUCGGAGUAUCAAUCGACCGAUCCUCAGAGAGGCUUCGCGGUCGCACCAAAGCGCAUGGUCAACGUGAGGGAGAACGAGGUUCUCAGAUGCUUCAAGACCGUGGUUGACCACUGCAUCGAGCCGCUGUCCUUUUAUGUCCCCAGAAGGUCCGAGGAAUUUCAGGACGAUAUAUAUCCAGAUGCUCCGUCCGGUAAACCAGCUUUAACAGCGGAAGAAUGGUUCUCUGGGAAAAGCGUGGAAGGCCCGAUUCUAAUUUCAAUGAGAAAUGUCUACGAUGGAUCUGAACUGACGUUCCACGCGUCUAAGAAAGCCAUCAAAAAGGAAUCGAGCGUCAAGUCUCCCAGUCCCUCUCCUAGUCCCGCCGCUGAACAGGCGAAAAAAGACAUUAAGAAGAACGAGCCUACGGAAGCGGAAAGUCCAGCCCCCGUUUCCAAAAGCGUUUCCCCCAGACCACCACCCGUCAAGGAGACUUUCAGACACGACGAGUCCGUCGACAGGCUUCUGCAAAGGGCCACUGAAUUCGACAAGGCCAACGAUGCGGAAGAUCCAUCGAGAGACACCUCUGGCUGGGAUGAAGAGGACGAGAAGCCAGCACCAGUCGACCUCCCAGCCGCAAGGAACGAGAUUCCAACCAAAGAACGCUCGGAACCGCCAGCUAAGCCCUCUCAGACAGCUGAAGAAAAACCAGCGCCUGUCGAACCAGUUUCACAAGCGACCCCCGCUUCCUCAAAACCCGAGGAUGCACCCAAGCCUGACACGACACAACUAAACGGUGCAGCCAAGUCCCUGGGUUUAAAGCAGUCGGUCGAGAAACUGUCUAGUCUUGUUAUCGCGCUUGAAGCUGUUGUCGAGAAAUUGGCGGCGUCUAAUCUCGAAAAAGACGAACGGUUACGGAAGCUAGAGCUCAAGAUCGAAGAGCUAGUGAGCAUGAAGUGA